CGAGUUCGAAAGGAAAGGGUGAGAAACUGGCUGGAUGACUGUAUCACAGAUCCGGAGUGACACUGGUGAUCCUGUUCCUCAGAAGCAGGAGAUUCAGUUCUCAGAGCGCAAAUGGAAUUCAAGCGCUUCUUGUUGGAAUCGAUUCCAUUUGUAGCCAUGGUGAUGGUGGAGUGCUUGGACGUGGGAAUGACCACCUUAAGUAAAGCAGCCAUGUCCAGAGGAAUGAGCCACUUCGUCUUCGUCGUCUACUCAAAUGCCCUCGCCUCAGCCAUACUCCUUCCUUCCUCUUUCUUCUUCAACAGGAAAAACGGGCCUCCGCUUUCUCUCUCGCUUCUAGGAAAAUUCUUCCUCCUCAGUCUUGUUGGGAUAACUGUGAUGCAGAAUUGUGUUUUCACUGGUAUAAACUACAGCUCGCCCACUCUCGGAUCUGCUAUGAGCAACUUGGUUCCAGCCUUCACUUUUGUGCUUGCGGUCAUCUUCAGGAUGGAGACGCUAGAUAUUAGAAGCUCAAAAAGCCAGAUGAAAAUAUUGGGCACAGUGGUGUCCAUCUCGGGAGCAUUGAUCGUGACCCUUUACAAGGGAGCUUCCAUUGGCAAAUCUCCAAUUCAUUCCCCUGAAAAUCCUUCUCAGUCCUUGUCGGAGCAAACAAACAACUGGGUGAUUGGGGGUCUCUUCCUUGCAACAGCCGGUUUAUCUCUUGCAGUCUGGAGCAUUUCUCAGGCAGCUAUUCUUAGAGGAUAUCCAUCUGAGUUGACCAUAGUGGCCUUCUAUUGCCUCUUUGGAACAAUCCAAUGCAGCAUCCUUUCUCUGAUAGUAGUCAGAGAUCCCAAUGCAUGGACACUUAGGCCUGACAUUGAGCUCAUCUCCAUUAUCUAUUCAGCGAUCUUUGGGAGUGUGGUGACAUUUUCUGUGCUCACGUGGUGCAUACACAAGAAAGGACCAGUAUUUGUGGCCAUGUUCAAGCCUGUGGGGAUUGCAAUUGCUGCAUUGAUGGGUGUGGCCUUCCUUGGGGACACACUCUAUGUUGGCAGUAUUAUUGGAGCAAUAAUAAUCGUUAUCGGGUUCUACACAGUAUUGUGGGCACAAUCCAAAGAGGAAAAUGAGAACUCAAGUAAAGUUUACAAGCAACCAUCCUCAUCAUCACAAAGGAGACCUCUACUAGAAAGUCAUCUUGAUGAAGCAAAUAUUUUAACAUAAUCAUUGUUUUGUGUACGUUACGGACACAAUAAGACAAUAUUUCAAUCUAGCCGCUUUCUGAUAUGAAAGAGCCUUCUUCUCCCAA